AUCGCUUUCGUAAAAGGUAUCCUCGCUCAGGUAUCACUCGGCCCAGAUUUCCGUUCAAACAAUAUUUCAUUAGCCUCGGGUUUUCAAUAAAUAUUUGUCGCUCUCGCCGCUCGUCAGAUUUUUCUUUCUCCCUAGGAAAUCUCCUGUCCUCAGUCGCUGAUUGGGAGGCGAAGUGAGCGGUCGUGCGUCGCGCACCCAAUCCUGUAUCGUCGACGAGACAUUCGAAAUUUUCAAUUUGUAUUUUAGUUUCCAUUCGUGUGUUCUGACGUUGGAUGCGAUAAAAAGUGUAAUUUGAAUUUUGAGUGUAGUUUGUGUGUGUUUUGUUUCUUUUGACUUGAGUUGAAGCUGAUUUGUUCGCGGGGACCUCAAUAGGAUGUAAUGUAAAUAUCUGCCUCUCCUGUAAAGGCUGCACACAUACAUGACAAAUCAACGAGCAAUCAGCCGAUAAAUUUCGAGAAAUGAAGAACUGAAUUAAUCAUUUUCCAAAAUGGAGUCGUCAGACGAUGAAUUCAUGAGUAUAUGCCUCAACUUGACGAGUGAAGAGGCUUUACUUGGAGGAUGUAACUACAGCAGCGAGUAUGAAAACGGAGAACUGUUGGAAAAGGUCGUCUCGAGGGUCGUGCCCAUCUUCUUCGGUUUCAUCGGAAUCGUUGGACUGGUCGGCAAUGCUCUGGUCGUGCUCGUCGUCGCAGCCAAUCCGGGCAUGCGAUCCACAACGAACCUCCUCAUCAUCAACCUGGCCGUCGCUGACCUGCUCUUCGUCAUCUUCUGCGUUCCCUUCACGGCUACUGAUUACGUCAUGCCACGCUGGCCUUUCGGCGACUGGUGGUGUAAAGUCGUCCAGUACUUCAUAGUCGUCACCGCCCACGCUUCAGUCUACACCCUGGUCCUCAUGUCCUUGGACAGGUUCAUGGCUGUAGUACAUCCCAUAGCUUCCAUGUCUAUAAGAACAGAAAAGAAUGCUCUAUUAGCAAUAGCUUGUAUUUGGGUUGUGAUACUGACCACGGCAAUACCAGUUGGAAUUUGCCAUGGGGAGCGAGAGUACUCCUAUUUCCAUAGGAACCAUUCCUCAUGCGUGUUCCUGGAGGAGCAGGGGUACAGCAAGCUGGGAUUCCAGAUGUCUUUCUUUCUGUCUUCCUACGUGAUUCCUUUAGCUUUGAUUAGUGUGUUGUAUAUGUGCAUGCUGACGAGGUUGUGGAAGAGUGCCCCCGGAGGGCGAGUGUCGGCUGAGAGCCGGAGGGGGAGGAAGAAGGUCACAAGAAUGGUUGUGGUCGUCGUUGUUGUGUUUGCGGUCUGCUGGUGCCCCAUACAGAUAAUCCUGCUGGUGAAGGCCCUGGACGCGUACAACAUCACGUACUUCACGGUGACCGCGCAGAUAGUGUCGCACGUGCUCGCAUACAUGAACAGUUGCGUCAACCCCGUGCUGUAUGCCUUCCUCUCUGAGAACUUCAGGGUGGCGUUUAGAAAGGUAAUGUACUGCCCACCGCCAUACAACGACGGCAUGUCUGGCCGUCCGCAGCCAACGAAGACGACCCGCACCGGCAACGGGAACUCCUGCCACGACAUCGUCUGAGACUCGGUGAGGAGCAGGCCUCGGCGCCACUCCACCGAACAAGCCACCGUAGUGUGAACUGAGAUAUGGACUGCUUACUUAGAAAACUAGAAUGGUGUAAAUAUUUCUAGCUCCAAAUAUUAGGACUUGGCGUGUGUCUUCCUUUAUCCAACUUGGCCCGACACACUGCCGUGCCUCUUGACCCAAUAGAUGUAUAGCUAAAUUGUUACGUAGAUAUAUCAUAUUUUUUAUAGAUUUCGUAAAUUUUUAUUUAAAUAGUUAUAUUUUUCGUUACGACACGCGUUUCUAUAUUCUGAGCCCCAAUAUGGAAGCGGAGUGGCAUUCGAAAAAUAAUAGUCCUUUUGUAAAUAUAAAUUGUUUAUAAAAUAUAU